UUUUCUUUAAAAAAAUGAAUAAUAUUUAUUAUAUCCUUAUACCCAUAACCCAUAUAUGAUAUAUGAACCACUCAUACCUCAUCUAAUGGCUUUCUUCUGCGGCCAGUUUUGGCUUCCUUCCUUGGGCAGCCCCAACAAUAAUAGAAUCGGGAAAACACUCUCCCGCACGGACUACCACCGCCACAGCCGUGCUCUCGCCCCUGUCACUCUGCUGCUGGCUCCGACUGCUGGGGGCUCCGACAUCGCCGAUAUUUUCAAUCUUUAUAAUUAGUAUUUGUGGCGUGCGCUUUCGUUGAUGUUGCGCUGAUUUCGGGUUUGUUUGUUUCUUCGGAUGCCUCGCUGUGUGUGGAGAUCGCCAGGGAAACCGAAACUGAAAUCGAAAUUGAAUGGCUCAAAGUGCGUGUGUUUGUUGAGUGUUUGUCCUAUCCCGAAGAAAGGCUUCAUAAUCCGAUCUCGAAUGGAGUUAAAUGUUGCCAAGUGUCGUCGGGCAGCAGUAGAAGCAGCCACAGUGGGAGCAGCAGCAACUGCUGGUGUUGCUCCUGCUGUUUUAGAGUCUAUUUCCGUCGAAGCUGCCGAAUUCUCUUACAAUUUCAAUUAUUUUUACACAUAAAUACGCUCUGCCGUCUAUUAUACCAGAAACUCAGCCACCAGCUACGUACCAUAUUGCUACUUCGAGCACCGUACAAUUCAUUUUCUAUUUUAUUCGAAUUCUACAACAAAAUCACAGCCAAAUGCUCUCGCCCAAAAACAGCACAACAAAUACCAGAAAUCAGUACAAUUAAUGAAAUAGACCAAGUCAGAAGAGCACGAUCCGGAUCCGCGGCCGUAUCCGCCAAAAAAAAAAAUAAAUAAAAAAAUCGGACACGACUAGACGAGUAGUAGUUUCCCAACAAACAACACCCAACCACCCACCCACCGCCCAGCGCCACCACCCACACCCACACCCCACUCACCCGCGCGGCCGUGUGUGCUAAGUGCUAAGCGGAUUGUCGUCAUUUCGCGGAGGAGACCCACGCGAAUACCAACCAAAGAGUAAAGGCCACAAGAAAUGGCCACAUUUCUGAAUCGUUUUCAUCGCGAAAAAAGCGAAAAGAUUCUGCCAAUCGCCGAGAAUGGGAAAACAGCUGACUCGGAGGCGUCGCAGUCACAGGCAGCAGUGCAGCAGCAGCAGCAGCAGCAGCAGCAGCAGCCUCAGCCGCGUCCGCAGCGACGUUAUAUGCGCAGCGCCACCGCUGCCAGCGUCACCCAGCUGCUCUCCGAAAGCUGCAACAGUCUGCUGCAGCGGUUUCGAAGGAAUCCGAGCGAACGACCUGAUAAUAAACAGCAUCAGCAGCAGCAGCAGCAACAUCAGCAGGAGCAACAAAAGCAACAGCAACAAGAGCAAGUGCAACUGCAACUGCAACAACAGCAACAUCAGCCACGCAGCAAUCGUGCCGAGGAUUCGAGACGCAGCUGCUCCAAGACCCCAACGAAUGACAGCAACAAUAACAAUAACAAUAACAAUAGCAAGGGCAAGAGCGGAUCAGCAGCUAAUCAGUCCCAGAAGCAAAGCAAACGUCGCCGCAGCUCGGACAAAUCUUCCACAUCUAGCCGGAGGCAUCCGGAAGGGGAAAGGGAACGUGAUCGGGAACGGGAACGCGAUCGAGAGAUGAGCGAUCGCCAUAGACGGUACUAUGCGGGCGGCGGCCUCGGCUCCACCGCCGGUCUGGGCUACCAUCCCAGCAGCAGCGGGAGCGGCAGCAGCGCCGCCCUGAUGGGCCGCUACCAGAAGAGCUCCACCACGGCCAGCGCCCUGGACAGACUGCGCACCCACCUGAGUCCGGUGGGUGGCUACUACAAGCCUCUUAUCCGGGGCCUGGGCAGCGGAGGAAGGCGGGACCGCGACCUAGACGAUGUUAGUAUGUCCAAAAGGGAAAGGCGGCCCAAAAGCGAGCGGUGUGCAAAGCAACGGGAGACGUCGUCCCACCAGACACAGACCCAGUUCGAGAGCCCCAAUUCGAGACUCUGACUCACUUCUUGGGCAUUCAAAUUGUGGAAAACACGAACUCAUCUCACCUGUCCCCUGCUCAGGAAUGAGUCAGCCAAAGACACCAGAGAGUGCCAGUGCCAGUGACUGCCCUAAAUAAGUGACAUCUUUUUAGAGGUUGGGAAAUGUGCGCAAUUAAAGUGAAUAUUUCCAUAUAUUAUUGCACUACAGAUCUUCUACCCCUAUUGCCACACAUAGCUAUAGAAGCUCCCCCCCUCUUAUACCAAAUAAUGCCAGUGUGUGGGUUUAUUUUAUAGCACUGAUGCUAUAUAGGCUAUAUAUUCUAUAUCUUGGGCAUCAUUCUUGCCGUGUGCGUUUACGUUGUCGAAUUUAUUUUCGAUUCCAACACAUCGCAGCGGCGUUUUCCUCUCUAUUCCGCUAUAUUUUUGUAUCUCUGCUCGGCACAGAUGUGUGUAUAAAGCUAUUCACAAUUUUCACGAUUUUAUAUAUAAACUUUGAAGGUCGUCGCGCCUUGGACUUUUUUGUUUAGAUUUUUCGGCAGGCAUUCUAAAUAAAAAUAAAGGGUAUUCUCCCGCUAUCCGCGCGCCCUCCAACCCCAUUGGCCUGGCCAAAAAUACUUGGCCGGAGAAAGCCGGAUAGAGGGGCUUUAAUGUUGGUGAAAUUGUGCGAAAUGAAAAGGCCAAGCAACCCCAUAAUUAGCCAUUGCCGAAAAGGCCAUUUAAAUGGGUCUAAGUCUGAGUCUGAGUCUGGGUCUAUGUCUGGGCCUUCUUCUUUCGUGGAGCGUAAAAAGUUUUACGCCCGUCACCGUUGGUUUCACACGAGCGCCGCUUUUAAGCACUUUCCUUCUCCAUUAACCCCUUGAAUCCGAAACUGAAUCUUAACUGAAACCACUACAGCGACGAGAUCUGCUCUUGGACAAAGACAGAACACCCACCACUCUCACCUCAACCACCUCCGCCUCCACCAGCACCUCCUCCGGUGGCAAGCAGUCGGCCAUCUCCCGGCUGGAGAAUAAAUACUCGGACAUCCUGGAG